UCUAAAGAACCGGAAGAAGGAGAAUCAAAACCCAGGCCCAAGCAUUUUAUGCCAAACUUGGUGCCUCCUAAGAUCCCUGAUGGAGAGAGAGUAGACUUUGAUGAUAUUCACCGCAAGCGAAUGGAGAAGGAUCUGAAUGAACUGCAAGCCCUUAUUGAGGCUCAUUUUGAGAACAGGAAGAAGGAAGAGGAAGAACUGAUAUCACUAAAGGACAGAAUUGAACAGCGGAGAGCAGAACGAGCUGAGCAGCAACGGAUUCGUAGCGAACAAGAAAAAGAACGACAGGCCCGUUUGGCUGAAGAGAGAGCCCGGAAAGAAGAAGAAGAGGCUCGGAAGAGAGCUGAAGAGGAGGCCAGGAAGAAAAAGGCUUUCUCUAACAUGCUUCAUUUUGGAGGAUACCUGCUGAAGACAGAGAAGAAAAGUGGGAAAAAACAAACGGAGCGGGAAAAGAAGAAAAAGAUCCUCAGUGAGCGGCGGAAACCUCUGAACAUUGAUCACUUGAAUGAAGAUAAAUUGAGGGAUAAAGCUAAAGAACUGUGGCAGAGCAUUCAUGAUAUUGAAGCUGAGAAAUUUGACUUGCAAGAGAAAUUCAAGCGGCAGAAAUAUGAGAUUUCCAUACUCACUGCUCGCUGCGAUGAGUUAAGCAAGUACUCAAAGGCUGCCCGUGGAAAGCCGGUGGUUGGUGGCCGAUGGAAGUGAGAUGCGGUUCACACCCAGCCUGGGUAGAAGACAGAGCGGCAGUUUUCUGUUUUGGCCAGCCCUUCACUGAUCCCCCUAACCAGUGUGGCCCAAGGGAAUGCAUCCUCUUCUAGUGUAUUCAGAGCAAGCCACCUUUUAAAGGCCUCACUCUGUAGAAUGUCUGUAGCUGUGUGCGCAGCACUGUCGCCGUAUGGAACACACUGCUGUGUGGAGACUUAAGAAUAUUGUUGUGUCUGUAAAUAAAGGCCAGCCAUGCAACAGCA